ACAGGUGGCCUGUCACUCAUCUCCCCACCCGAGGUUCCCCAGAUUUAAGUUAACUGAGUCAUGGAGUUGCCCCUCCCGACCGUUCAGUCCAUCGCGGACUGUGCGUCUUUCAACCACACAGUCUUACCGUUCCUUUCUCAAUUAUCCGCCCUUCCCGAGAGGCUGCAGGUGGCGGCGGAGGCCAAAGAUGUGGUCAUCUUGAGGGAUAUCUACCUGUCGACGAACCCCUUCAUUACGGCGCUGGGCUUCUGUCUGGCUAUGUCCGCUUUCUUUUUGGUCUUCUCGGAAAUCAACCGCAACUAUUCCCAGGUGGAUCGCUUCUGGAGUAUCUUGCCCGCCGUCUACAAUGUACACUAUGCGGUGUGGGCGCGCUUGUCGGGGCUCCCGACACAGUCCCUGGAUACUAUCGCCGCCAUCACUGUGCUGUGGAGUCUCCGCCUGACGUUCAACUACUGGCGCAAGGGCGGCUACCAGAUCGGCUCCGAAGACUACCGGUGGGAAGUCGUGAGCGCCAAAGUCAACAACCGCUUCGUCUGGUUCCUGUUCAACAUCGUGUUCAUCAGCCUGACCCAGUCCCUGCUACUGUUGCUCAUCACCGCCCCGACCUACAACUUCCUCCUCCUGUCGCGUCUCCCAUCGCAGCAGACCUUCGAGAUCCCAGACCUGGUCUUCUCGCGCGUCGCCUUCUUCUUCCUGAUCAUCGAGUACUUCGCCGACCAGCAGCAGUGGCACUUCCACCGCGCCAAGCACACCUACCAGAAGGAAGCCCGCAUCCCGGAGUACUACAAGGACCAGUACACGCCCGAGGACCUGGAGCGCGGCUUCGUCGUCAGCGGCCUCUGGUCCCUGUCCCGCCACCCCAACUUCCUCUCCGAACAGGCCAUCUGGCUCUCGCUGUACCUCUGGAACGCCUACCGCACGGAGACCUACGUCCAAUGGACGGGCCUGGGCGUUCUGGGCUACCUCCUCGUCUUCCAGGGCAGCACCCGUCUCACCGAGUCCAUCAGCGCCGGCAAGUACCCCGAGUACAGCGAGUACCAAGCGCGCGUCGGACGCUUCCUUCCCCGGUUCUCCGUGAAGCCCCGGUACAACAAGAAGAAGUCCCGCAAGGCCGUCGCGAACAAGGCGCAGGGAGCCGAACAGGCGGUGACCGAGGAGGGCAAGAAGGCCCAGUAGGGGUGGACGAUUUGGUAGAAUCAUCAAUUUCCUUUUUCUUUCCCAAAUUGGAUU